UACGAUAUCAGAAAGAGUAACGGGUAUUCCUGUUGAAGCAGACUCCGUUCUUGUGUCAAUUUUAUAAUAAAAUAGUGUAGGAAUACGUUGCCAGCUAUGAAAUCACCGGCCUGAAGCUGGCGUCGAGUCAGUCGAUGCCGCGUGCGCGCGCGCGUGAAAUGCGUUGAUUUGGAAGAUGUUAACCGGCUCGUAAUUUACAGCGAAAUCAUGAUCAGAAUCGAACAGUUUGCGACGCGAAGGCGAGGACUUUUAUGAGGCGGCACGCGAGCGAAUAGAUUCGUUGGAAACCGCCGGUGGGAAACUGCCCGGUCGGUCAUUAGGUUAGGUUAUCUCCGUCGUCGUGGAUCUACCUCUUUUCGUUUCAUUUUUUUUCCCCUCUCUUCUUGUCUCCUUUAAAUGGAAGACGCGACGUGCGAAUCGCCGGGAUCGCGUACGGAUGAUAACAGCCGCGUCAAUGAGCCAAAUGCCAAAACGCCCUGCAGAAAUGACAGUGACACGGGAUGUCAGUAUGGAGAGUGUACGCCUCAGCAGCCCGAGAGAUUUAUCGACAAUUCCAUUUUCAACACCAUUUCGAGUAUCGUCAAUCCCGCCACAAAGGUACCAGACAUUCAGGAUUUCAAGAUAGUGAAGCCGAUAAGCAGAGGCGCGUUCGGCAAGGUUUUCCUCGGUUACAAGAAAUCCAAUGCCGAGCACGUGUACGCGAUUAAAGUCAUGAAGAAGAACGAGAUGAUAAAUAAGAAUAUGGCGUCGCAGGUGGUGAUCGAACGCAACGCGCUGGCCCUGACUCGCAGUGCGUAUUGCGUGCAGCUCUUCUACUCGUUGCAGACUACCAGCAGUGUGUAUCUAGUCAUGGAGUACAUGGUGGGCGGUGAUCUGAAGAGUCUGCUUGGCGUUUGCGGCUACAUGGAAGAGUCUAUGGCAGCUUUUUACAUGGCAGAGGUAUGCCUGGCGCUCGAGUACCUCCACUCGCACGGUAUCGUGCACAGGGACCUGAAGCCGGACAACAUGCUCCUCUCGCGCGAAGGACACGUCAAGCUCACGGACUUUGGGCUCAGUAAGAUCUCGUCGCUGCACAGGGACCUCGAGAUAUCGGACUUGGUGAAUUGUAUGACUCCUAGUCUGUGCACCAGGACACCCGGGCAGCUGCUCUCGCUGACGUCCCAUCUGUCCUUCGGUUCCGGUCAGAAGUCCACCAACGAGUCGAAUCUCGGCGACAAGAGCACACCGGCCAUGAAUCUGCUCUCUGCCCUGCAAAGAAAUUGCAAUAAAUCCGAGCACAUGUCGCCGAAUUCGAUCGUCUCCUCCGUCGCGUCCGGGGAUUACUCCCGGAUAUCCGGCAUCACUCCUUUCCAAUCGGCGGAGGAUCUGCGCUUCGAGCACAACGCGGAACACAAUUCGGAGGUGGACGAGAACAACAGUGAGAAGCAGGAGACCGGGCCGGACAGCUCCAGUAGCUACCACACGUGCGAAGCGUCAUCCACUAGUCGCGCGAACAGUCGUGCCGAACAAAAGGAGGAGGAGGAGGAGGAGGAGGACGAGUCCACGCUCGAGGCUGAAAAGUCGGAGGAUCAAAGCAAACGGUCUUUCAUGCACACCAGUCCAGUGAGCACGUGUGCGAAUUCAUUUGCGAUCCGCGGGUCGAAGAGGAAGCGAAAUGGCACGUGUGUGGCCACGACCGGGCUGACCUGCGAGAUCGAUGCGCUGGAUCUCGAUGUCCAGAAGACACCCAAGCGGAAGAACUGCGACCCCCUAUUUCCCUGUGCGAGCCCGACGAGCGGCGCGAUCUCGGGAUCCGGCAAAGCGGCGAGUAACGACAGGAACGCCGAGCAGGACACUGGCUCUACAGGUAGAGUAGCCUUCAGCACGCCGGUGUCCUCCACCAAGCAGAGAAUCCGCGACGAUCAGAAACGGCAGGACUGUCAGGAGGAUGAGGAGGAUGCCAAGAUCCUGAAAACACGAUUUCGCCUACCGCCGCCGUUCACCUCGCGCUCCGCGCCCGAUCUACACGCGGACGACAACACCGAGCCUCAGGGAAUCUCGCCUAUCAAGACUCCCGCGAUCUCCGGCAACUGUUACACGCCCUACAGAACACCCAAGUCGGUCAGACGCGGCGGCCAAGGCGGCGCCAAUAGAUCGGAUGACCGCAUACUCGGCACGCCCGAUUAUCUCGCCCCGGAACUUCUGCUGAGGAAGGGUCACGGACCGGCUGUUGACUGGUGGGCGUUGGGCGUGUGCCUGUUUGAAUUCUGCACGGGUUUGCCGCCAUUCAACGACGAGACGCCGCAGGCAGUAUUCUCGAAUAUACUUAAGCGCGACAUUCCGUGGCCCGAGGACCAGGAGGCUCUAUCGUCGGCAGCAACCGACGCCAUCGAUGCGCUCCUCACCAAGGAUCAAGCUGCACGUCCCUCUGCGAAGGAGGUGCGCGCCAUGACUCUCUUCCGCGAGUUCCCCUGGGACGAGCCGUUGAAAGCGAUACCGCCGUUCAUCCCGCAGCCGGACGAUAAAUACGAUACAUGUUACUUUCAAACGCGAAAUAAUAUGCAGCAGUUGAAUAUAAGUAAUUGUGAUACAUAGCCUUCGACAUACGGACAUGCGGACGUGGCGAGGAUGGAAGCCUAUGAUGUCGAAACUGUUACUAUGUAUAACUUUAUUUUUUAUAUACUUGUAUAUGUAUAGCAAUAUAAAAUAUAAAAUAUUUUGUUACUACUUGUAA